AAACAAGUAGAGGCAUUGGAAGGAGAGGGGUGUAUUAGUGUGAACAGCAGCGGUGCAGUGAGCUCGCGCGUUGUCUCAUCGCGCCAGUAACCAAAAACCAGUAUCCAAACGUAACCAUGGCACCGCAGACUGCGCUCAUGUUCGUGUGUUUGGCAUUUGUUGCCCUUGCAGCCGCUACGGAUGUGCAACAAUGUCCCGGUAAAUCAUUCCAAAAUCUAAAUGAAAAUGUGGUGCUGUCGCCUUGCAAAAAACCGCCGUGUCGCCUGAAGAAAGGCACUAAUCAACACAUCACCGUGAGUUUUGUGCCUGAUAAAGACUUAGCUCAAGUAAAAAAUCACGUCGUCGCUGAUGUGUUCGGAAUACCUCUGCCGUUUUUGGGUGUCGAUGGGAACUCAAUUUGUGACAAAGUUUUCUUGGAAAACGGUGACAAGGCAUCGUGUCCCCUAAAAGCUGGUACCAAAUAUAUGUAUAAAGAUUCGUUCCCUGUCCACUCGGUCUAUCCAUCCGUUGCAGUAAAGGUACAUUGGUCAAUCCAAGAAAAUGGUGACGACAUCGUGUGCUUCGAAGUACCCGCGAGGAUUUCAUAGUAAUUUAUAUCAAAUAAAUAAAUAUCAAGUUGAUAUAAUGCCAUAAGUGUAGGUACUGUACACAGGGACCGUUUCCUUAGUAUCAAAAAUAAAACCUUUAAGGGGCCUAAUACUCGUUUGUACAUCCUAGGCCAUCGUUUAGUG